UCAAGUCUUACAAGGUCAAUUGAGGACCGACGACGCAAGGCGACAUAAGUGCAAUUGAGAAUUAUUCUUACCAAAUUCUGUCUCUGUGUCGUUUAAGCUUUCUGGAAACUUUGGAGGGCCAUUUUUCUGAAAAGACCGCGGAACGCUUACAGUGUGUGAUGCACGGUAUUUGGGGUAACCUAUUCUUGACAACUAGUCUAAUCAAAAUAUAAAUGUAAUUUAUUUUACUGCAAGUCUUCUCUUUGAAAAAACGCGACAACUGCAAACGUUGCAUCCCUGCGAGUCCAGGUUUGGGUAUUGUCACACAUUUGCGACUAUCGCCUAGGCUACCUUAUCAUCUCAGUCGAUCCUGGGACAUACGCGGUGUGGCUGGAUGUUGCAUGCGGGUCAAUGAGCGCGAGGACAAAGUGCCUCCGAAGUCCCCAACUCCCCGACCUCUCUUACCUGAUGCCGUGCAUGAUGAUUGUCCUUGGAAUACUUCUGAACGUCCUCAGUCAUGGUAGUGUGCUGGCUGGCUCCAUAGACUGUCUGGAGGCGGAGCGGGGCUGUGUGCAGGAUCAGGGCUGUACGGGGGUGUACAGGGUGCUGGAGUACUGUGCUGCUGAGGAGGCUGUGUCGCCACUGGGCCCAGACGCCCGACGCGAGUGCCUGGAGGCCCAGAGCGCCCUGCAGCAGUACCACCCCCUCCAGGCCUGCAAGUGCCAGCGCGGCUCCCGCCGGGAGGAACUCUGCCUCAGGGUCUACUGGACCGUCAGAUUCGCUGUGUAUGAUGAGAACGAGGUGUCUCCGUAUGAGGAUCUGGAGGUGGAGUUUGUGAGGCACAUAGAGAUGUCACGCAUGGCCUCCAUCAUGGCAGCUUCCUCUCUGCCUCUGGAUGGGCAGAACCAGUGUCUGAAGGCAGCCCAGGACUGUGGUCUGUAUGAGAAGUGUGGUUCUCUGAGGUCGGAGUAUGUUGUGGCCUGCACCAAGCGGCCUCCGGGCUCCGACGGCAGCUGUAACAGACAGAAGUGCCACCGGGCGCUGCGUCGCUUCCUGGAGCGGGUACCAGAGGAGUACAGCUUCGCUCUGCUCUUCUGCCCCUGCUCCGAUGCCCUCUGUGGGGAGCGCCGGCGGAAGACCAUCGUACCGUCGUGUUCCUAUGAGGAGAGAGACGGCAAGCCCAACUGCCUCAGCCUGCAUGGCUACUGUGCCAGGGACGAGCUGUGUAGAUCUCGGCUGGCUGAUUUCCAGCACAACUGCCAGCCCUCGUCCCACUCUCCCUCUGGCUGCAUGAGAGAGAGUGGAGCCGUCUGCCUUAAGGCCUACGCCGGACUCAUAGGCACCAUCAUGACCCCCAACUACGUGAACAAUAUCAGUAUGGACGUGUUCCAGUGGUGCAGCUGUGAGGGCAGUGGGAACCAGUGGCAGGACUGUCUGCGCAUCCUACACAUGUUUGACAGCAACGUCUGUCUGCGUAAUGCUAUCAGUUAUUUGGGUGGCUCAUCCCCUCGCCCUGUGGAGAGCACUACUCUGCCACCUCGUCGCCAUGCAUCUGCCACUCCCUCCCCUCGCAUCUUUCAGGACAAGGUCAAUGUCAACGUCAACAUUUUAUCAGAACGCAACAGCGUGGAAGACACUGAAGAGGAAGAAGAGGAGGAAAGUCAGGAAUUCAACGUUAUCCCUCAAUAUUCGGAGAAGGGGAAGUCUAGUGUGGGCUCCGGGGCCCGAGGGGGCCAUAGAGGAGCGGCAGGCCAAACAGCACCCAUGCUGCCCCUGCUGCUGCUGCUGCCCACUGCCAUGCUGGGCUGGGGGUGUCAGGGUUAACGAGCCCCCCUACUAACCCCCCUUACGCUCAGCUACAGUAUCACAUUCACUGGGUCACCUCCACCAUGGCAAUGAGAUAGAAUGGACUGAUGGGGAGACUUAAGGCUGAGGAAAGAACGACCACAAGAAGGAAAUGGACAUUCACUCCUUUCUUCUAUGGCACUCUGUUUUACAUUACUUUCUUUCUUUCUGUUUUCCUUUCUUACUUUCCAACAAUCUCUAUCUUUCCUCUCCUGCUCCGACUACUUGUGAUCUGUUUUAGUAGUCAUAGCUGCCCAUCGCUUUGCUCCUCUCUCACAUCAGUAGACAUAGUUGAACAAUAUCUGUGCAGAUAAAAAAGUCAAUGGCUGAAUUAAUAAGGUCUGUCUGGAUGAAUGAAUGUGGCUGUCUGUCCAGUGCCUGUCUCAAGAUUGGGUAUCCAGCUCCACUCUCCCUCUUCAUGAGGAGCUCAUCGCCCAAGGCCAGUAACAGCACUUAUCUCAAAGAAAACAUCACCAAUGAUUGGUGGAACCAUGACAGUUCAUUCCUUUGAUUUUUGUGCCAUGCCUCACCUCACCUUUUCUCUCUCCUUCAUUAUCUUCCUUUCUUUCAUCAUCCCUUGGAUACGAGGGUUGUUGGGCAAGCUACUCUGUCUGUGUUGUCUUUGUGAUAAGCCAAACAACUAAAUAAAAUAUAGAUUGAGGGAUGAUGUACCAUAGAGACCUCUGUUGCUCUCCUUGUUUGCACCCUCUUCACCACCUCAGACUAGAUGCCACGACCUCUCUAGUUCGGACACCACUUAUUCUCAGCCUUGAGGAGGAGGUCUGAGAAACCCACCAUAGGCACAAUAAUGAGACCAAAUUCUAAUAAUGACGAUGGCAGAGGAAAACAACAUACGCAAUAAAACAUGAAAUCAGAUGGCUCAGCGGGCAGGUGCUGUGGCCGUUUGGGUUUGGGCUCGGGGGAGAUAGGAACCAAUUUACUGCUCUCUGUGGUUCACAAGUGCUUUCUGUCCCUAGGUUUUGUUAUAGUUUUGGAGAGACAAUAUCACACUUAGCCAUCCCUUUGCUGCCUGUGUUUGAGUAGGGAGAGAGUGAGGAGAUAGGGAGGGAGAGAGGGGGUACUGUAGAGCCUCUGGCAGCUCUGAUCAUUGAGCGUAACAUUGAGCCUCUUUCUCGCUGACUGAUAAAUCUUUUGCUGAUGUUCAUGUUUUUUUUUCUUGCAUUGCUCAUUUUCUUGUGAACUUGCUAAAUUAACUCCCACCUGAGGGGAAGUAGGCAAAGGGGUGUUGGUGAUAGUUAAAGGGGGAAACUACUCUACUGUGGAAUUGUGUACGUGACUUGUAUUCAUCGACUUCUUUCCCUUCUAGAGCGGGAUGUUAGAUCUGACUCAUGUUCUCACGGGUAAUACAUGAUACUAAAAAGAGAUAAGUAUUUACUGGGCAUAUUUGCGCUACAGCUCUUUGCGUCAUCGCCACCAGUGAGGGAAGUAGCUGGGACUUCAUUCUGAGUAUUAAUUAAGCAGGCAAGAUGGCAUUAUUGCAGCCUAACACCCUCGCCAAUCUGGACAGUGACGUUCAUGACGACUGUUGUCCUUUUUUAAUAGGCACUGUCAUUUCUCACUACCUGGCAAUGGAUCCUUAUGCUAGUGAUCAUCAAAGUGAGUGACCGCACAAGAGAUGAUGUGAGAGCGGCAAGCAUUGAUUUACACACAGAAACAGCCUAAAUAAAUAUGAGCAUAAGCCAUACAAGCGAACAGUAAGAUGGAACGUGCGUGCCAACUCUAAAUGUAUCACGUUGGUUUUGUUUGUACAUCUGUAUUCACACAUAUUUCCCCCCAUGGCCAAAUGGUUUUAUUAACAUCCAAAGAUGUUAGUGCUGGUGUUAGUGCCAUGAUGGUUCUUUUUGAGGUCGGUUCGGUUUCGAUUAGAUUAUUUAAAAAAUAAUCAUGGU